AUGUUUGACCCCGUUGAACCACUCAAGCAGCCUGUUACUUUCCCAUUUAGCGGACGAACGGCAAAAAAUAGGUUCUUGAAGAGCGCGAUGUCAGAACGCUUGGCCACUUUCUCGACUUUUGAUCCCAGUGGUCGGGGACAACCAACGGAGGAACUUGUACGACUGUACGAAACCUGGGCAAAGGGAGAUAUCGGGAUCAUUGUCACUGGUAACAUACAAAUAAAGAAAGAUCAUCUCGAAGCUACAGGUAGGAAUACUAUCAUCGACAGAGAUCUCCCCUCGGUUUAUCUCCAGGAGUGGACAGAGGUGGCGCGGGCUGCCAAGUCACAAGGGAGCUUGGUCAUCGGGCAACUUAACCAUCCAGGGCGUCAGGUUUCCAUUAACAUACAGCCAUAUCCAGAGGCACCGUCUGACGUCGAGCAACCCUCGACUGGAGACGUUCUCUUCGGGCGACCCACACCUCUAACAAAAGAUGGCAUCAAGGACAUUGUAGAUCGCUUUACAUAUGCAGCCUCCGUCCUGCACAGGGCUGGAUUCGAUGGCGUCCAGCUCCACGCCGCUCACGGCUACCUUCUGUCACAAUUUUUAGCCAAGAGGACCAAUAUGCGAACUGAUGAAUAUGGCGGAUCGCUCGUAAAUAGAGCUCACAUUCUUCUCGAGAUAAUCGCUGCAAUCAGACGAGCGGUUCAAAACCCAUCUUUCAUCAUCUCGGUCAAACUCAACUCACAAGAUUCUAUCCCUGAGGGAUUCUGCAUCGAGGAAUCCAUAAUGGUCGCCAAACUGCUCGAAAUUGCAGGAGUGGACUUCAUUGAAGUCAGUGGGGGGGCUUAUGAACAAACCACCCGCAGCUCUCGGGACAAGGUAACACUUUUAUAUUUCACAGGCAGUCCAGAGUUGAUACCGAGCGAUUAUAAGCCGUAUACUGUUGAAACCCGAGAAGGGUAUUUUGUCGAAUAUGCAGAGCUCCUCAGAUCCCAUCUAAACCUCUCGAAAGUAGUCGCCACGGGCGGAUUUCGGACAUCGCAGGGCAUGGCCAAUGCUGUCUCGCAAGGGGCCGCGGACAUUAUAGGAUUGGCAAGGCCGCUAACCGCAGAACCACUUCUAGUCAGAGACAUCCUACGAGGGGAGAAGAAGACAGCCAAGGGAGACAGAUUUCCUGAAAGCCCGAUGCUACGAUUUGUAGCGUCUGCAGCGCAGAUUGCUGAGAUUGGAAAUGGUCAAGAUAUCACUGACUUCGACAAUGCGUUCCACGUUGCCAGAUUCAUCGCCAAAAUGCAGAAGGAAAUUCCUGCUGCCAUAUCGGAAGCACUUUUCUUGUGA